GCAAGAAACUUCAACGUUAACAAUCACGACUUCGUGGAGGACAUGAUUGCCCCGUGUCUACGUAACGACCACGACAAGGAGCAGGCAUACAGGGUUGCACUUGUUGCAAGGAAGUGCGUUGAUCGAGAUGUGCACAGGAGGCCGAGGAUGAAGAUGGUCGUGCACUUGCUCGAGAACCAAGUGCCUGUGGACUUUGACGCGUGGUCAGCACAGGAGGAUACUCAGACGACGAAUGACAGCUUUUUUUCAGGGAGGGGGUCCACUGGCAGAGGAUUCACCAUCGACGAUUGGAACUUUAAAAGGAGUGAUGAACUAGACGAUGAUGGCGAUGACAUCCAAGUGACUGUAGACAAAGGUACCGUAACCGAGCUGAUACCGCGAUAACAACCGUCUUCCUUCUUCUCCCAUGCACAUGACUUUUGAAAUUACUCUGAUGUCUCUCAUUCCCAUCAGCGAGUUUUGACGUUAUCAUCAUGAUGCUGAUGGUGAUGUGCUGUUGUCAGAAAGUGGGCCAAGCUAACACAGCUUCUGUUCUUGUUGUGAGCUUAGAGAGCAUGGCAACCUAAAGGGCGCAUCAUCCCACGCAAAACGAUUGCAGCGAAGAAACUCACUAAGCAUCCUAACCAUGAAUUAAAGGGAAAGGGGGUCGCAUAAAUUAAGGGGAAAGGGGGUCAGAUAGAGCAGAAGGGGACCGAUCACAAUGGAUAGUAGCAAAGACGGACAUACUGUUCAAGAGGGGUGUAAUCACGCCUUCCGUGCAUUCCUCUCCUCCGUGCAUCCUCACGACGGCGGUGAUCAAUAGUGCAACUGAGUGUACCAUAAGAGGUCAAAAUAAAUAGUAUGAAACCACCAGUACUUCCUAAAGUUGUGCCCGUUAACAAGCCACGAUUUUACGAAACGUACGGGCUACUACAGGAGCGCCCAAAUUCAUCCGACGAGAAACGUUUCUACUCUGUUUUUUUCAUCAGCCGAUAGCUGGGCCAAGUAUUGGUGGUUUGCCAAAUAAUAGUGAAGUUAAGGCCCCCAAGAAAUGAUGUCCAUACAUCCCCAUG